AUCACCGUCACACACACACAUUCUCUCUCUCGCUGCACUCUUCGACAAAGCGAUGGAGUGCACCCAGGCUGCAACCGCCGUUAGCAACAAGAUGCGCGAAACAGACCGCAUAAUGCGAGAGAACCAAGUCAAUUCGCCGCUCCUACGACUUCCAGCGGAGCUGCGAGAGGAAAUAUUCAAGUACGCUCUGACCGACGGAAAACUUGUCAUCGGAACUCAAUCCAUGCCUGUUCCCAAAAGUCACAGUCCCCAUGGCGUACGCGCUCUCCUAUACACGUGCCGUCAAAUUCUCCAAGAUGCUGCCCCCUUGGUCUUUCCCUGCUGUGUCAUCCAGAGGUAUCGUAUGAACGUCUUCGACCUAACUGCAAGGCAUGAGAACAUGUUUAUACGUGGACGUAUUGAGAACUUCAGAAUUCCGCGUGGACACCUGAUCAGGCUAGAGUAUAUGAGACGCAUGAAGGUGGAAGCUGGCAGAGUAUCAAACAACAUGGGCUGGAUGUCGCUGAAGCGUCUAUUUCUUGAGAGGGGCACAAAGUGGACGAUUGAGGAGGCAGAGGUGAAGUUUCGCUGGUACUUUGGCAGGGAGAACCUUGAGAUCCUGUGGGUGGAUGAGGAUUAAGAGGAGAAUCUAUAGGGGAUCAGGCGCUUCUUCAAAGUUUCCGUCUUUAUGUGUAGGCUACAACUACGACAUCAAGACCAGUAGCUUCGCUGAAAGCAGAUAUGGCAGAUGAUUGCAAAAAGUAGCAGUAUUGCGA